CUGGGUGAAGUUUUGGAAUUUUAGGUUAGUUCUCCAAUUUAAAAUGUUCUAUUAUUUUUUUUUAGGAAUACCUGGGAAUACUCUAAAAUAUGUCUUGCUCGGUUAAGAAUUGUAAAAAUCUUCGACGAUUUAUGCCAGAAGGUGUUUCUUUUCAUAGGUUCCCAAAGAAUGAGAAUUAAUAAAACACUGGUUAAAAGUUUUGAAUCUUAAUCCUGAAAAAUGGACAUGGACUAGAAAUAAAUACGUUUGUUCCAAACAUUUUAAAUCUACGGAUUACAUUCAUGUUUCUAGUAAAAAGAUACUGACAAAAAUGGCUAUACCAUCAUUACAUUUGGAUCUUGCAUCGCAAACACAAUCGCAAGGAAUCAAAGAAACUCACGCAGAACGAGAAGACCAUGGAUAUUUUGAGUACAAUGAAGGUGAUCUACAAAAUCCACAUAGAGUUUAUGUUAAGAGUCAUAUCUCAACUCAGGACUUUCAGAACAAUUCUCGUUUAAAUCCAAGUGAUUCAACAGAAAAUACACCUAUUACAUAUGUAAAAACUAUACAUAACUAUUGUGCCUCCCCAACCAAAUGGAAAGAAAAGUAUGAGGCGCUGAAGAUUAGACACAGUAUGUGCAUGAGAAAAGUCUGUUCAGCUAAUAAAAAAAUUUUAAGGCUAGAACUGAAAAUAUCUAAUAUGUUUAAAACUAUAAAACAACUGAAAUCUCAAUCCAAAUAA